GGGGCUGGCGCUUCCCUGCCCGCCCCCACCCGGCGCUCCCUCCCUCCGUCCCACCCUCCCCGGCCGGGCAGCAGGAAGCGGCUCUGAUGUCAGCGGCGGCCGCGGCGCUGCUCUGAGCGGCUCCCCUACCCCGCCGCGGCCCCCUCGCCCGCUGCCGCCGCUGGGGCUGGCGGAGGCGCCCGGCUGCGGCCCUGGGGGCGCCGCCUUCUCUCCGCCGGGGACGCGCGGCCGAGGCGGCUCCCGAGCAGAGGCCGUGGCCUAGGGCGGCCGGCGCGGCGCCCCGCGGGGGUGCGGGCAGGCGCGGGAUGCGCAGCGGCGGCGCCGGGGCCUCUGCCUGCCGCCACUGAGCCCCGCGGCCAACGCGGAUGCGGCCCCGGCGGCGCCUCGGCCAGGCCCGCCCCGACCUGCGCCCGGAGCCGCCGCCGCGCCCCGCGUAGCCCCGGCCCUCGGCUGCCCGGUGCCAGAUCCUCGCGUAGGCCCGGCCCGGGCCUCUCCUCCCCGCGGUGAAAGAGGAGGCAUGUCCGCUGCCGCCUCCGCUGAAAUGAUUGAAACCCCCCCGGUCCUCAACUUCGAAGAAAUCGACUACAAAGAGAUCGAGGUGGAAGAGGUUGUUGGAAGAGGAGCCUUUGGUGUGGUCUGCAAGGCAAAAUGGCGAGCUAAAGAUGUAGCCAUUAAACAAAUAGAAAGUGAAUCUGAAAGAAAAGCCUUCAUUGUAGAGCUUCGACAGCUGUCACGAGUGAACCAUCCCAACAUUGUCAAGUUAUAUGGAGCCUGUCUAAACCCAGUGUGUCUUGUUAUGGAGUAUGCUGAAGGAGGUUCUCUAUACAAUGUGCUACAUGGUGCUGAACCUCUGCCUCAUUAUACUGCUGCACAUGCCAUGAGUUGGUGUUUACAGUGUUCCCAAGGAGUGGCAUAUCUCCACAGCAUGAAACCAAAGGCUCUAAUUCACAGAGACCUGAAACCACCAAAUUUGCUCCUGGUAGCUGGGGGGACAGUUCUAAAAAUCUGUGACUUUGGUACAGCCUGUGAUAUUCAAACACACAUGACCAACAAUAAAGGAAGUGCUGCUUGGAUGGCACCUGAAGUUUUUGAAGGUAGCAAUUACAGUGAAAAAUGUGACGUUUUCAGUUGGGGUAUUAUUCUCUGGGAGGUAAUCACCCGUAGGAAACCUUUUGAUGAGAUUGGUGGUCCAGCUUUCCGAAUAAUGUGGGCAGUUCACAAUGGUACUCGGCCACCACUGAUCAAAAACUUACCUAAACCAAUUGAGAGUUUAAUGACCCGUUGUUGGUCCAAGGAUCCCUCUCAACGACCAUCCAUGGAGGAAAUUGUUAAAAUAAUGACACAUUUGAUGCGGUACUUUCCAGGAGCUGAUGAACCUCUGCAGUAUCCUUGCCAGUAUUCAGAUGAAGGCCAAAGCAACUCUGCCACUAGUACAGGUUCAUUCAUGGACAUCACUUCUACAAACACGAGUAACAAGAGUGAUGCUAACAUAGAACCAAGUGACUUCCAAGGAGCUUCUACCAAUGACACUAUUAAACGUUUAGAGUCAAAAUUGGCACAACAAAUCAAAAACACAACCAAGCAGCCGGGUGAUCCUGGCCGUUUGAGUUUGCCCCCAUCUCGUGGGAGCAGUGUGGAGAGCUUGUCAGAUGUUCGCGCACGACCACCGUCAGCCCUUGUUUCAGGAGAAGCCAAAAGGAUGAGUGCUGAUAUGUCUGAAAUAGAAGCAAGAAUAGCUUCCAUCACAGCCUAUUCCAAGCCUAAACGAGGCCAUCGUAAAACUGCUUCAUUUGGCAACAUUCUGGAUGUCCCUGAGAUCAUCAUACCAGCAGGAAACGGACAGCAGAGGCGCAGAUCCAUUCAAGAUCUUAGUGUUGCUGGAACAGAGUCCAGUCAGGAGAGUAGAAACAGCAGUAGAUCAUCUAGUCCUAGUGUGAGAAUGAUCACUACCUCGGGACCAACCUCUGAAAAGCCAACUCGUAAUCCAUGGACACCUGAUGAUGCAGCUGCUCUUGGAGAUAGCAUAGUCUUUGAGGGCAACACCUUAGUUUCUCUACCACGACUACUCUGUGGCAGGUGCUUUUGGGGUAUGGAGACCAAUGGGUCAGAUAACUCCAUCCCAAUGGCAUAUCUUACAUUAGAUCAUCAGUUACAGCCUCUAGCACCGUGCCCAAACUCCAAAGAAUCUAUGGCUGUGUUUGAACAGCACUGCAAAAUGGCACAAGAAUAUAUGAAAGUUCAGACAGAAAUUGCAUUGCUGUUGCAGAGGAAACAAGAACUAAUAGCAGAACUGGACCAGGAUGAAAAAGACCAGCAAAACACAUCCCGUCUGGUACAAGAACAUAAAAAGCUGUUAGAUGAAAACAAAAGUCUCUCAACAUACUAUCAGCAAUGCAAAAAACAAUUAGAGGUAAUCAGAAAUCAGCAACAGAAACGGCCAGGCACAUCAUGAUUUCCUGGGACCUUUCAAAUGAAAAAUAUGCACAGAAAAGACUGAUUAUUUUUUUUUAAUUGUUAUUAUUAUCCCUUAUUAUGACAGCUCAUGAGUGUUAGCUUCUUGGUGUGAUCUGUACUUGUCUGCUGCACUUAACAUCAUUUAAUUUUCUUUUUCCUAUGGUGGACAUCCAGUUCAACAGGUUAAUCGAAUAAGGUGAGAAAACAAUGACUUGAAUUAACCAACAGCCCUCAAUUUAAAGCAAGAAGAGUGGCUGCUUGCAUGCUCCUUGUGUGAAGGCUAGCCUAACAAGUGUUAAGGAGGCUGCUAAAUUUUAAGAUCUUAUUUUUAGUUUUUGGUGUUACCUCGAUAAGAGCAAAAAAAAAACCAAAACUUUCCUGUUUAAGAAUGGUUUUGUUCCAGUGUCUCAUCUCAUACUAUUAUUAUGAUGAUUGUUUUCAAGACUUAAACAGGCUCCAGGCUGCAGAGGUGAUCUUGGCUGACCACAGUAAUUCAUGAUGCAUUAGUGAUGCCUUUUACCUGUAGACAUAGUGUAUUUUUUCCACAUGCAAAAUGGUAGGCAAACUGAUGCCAGCAUCCUUGGUUCAGUGCUUGAUAGCCCUGCAUUUUGACUAAUAUGUUUCUUGUAAUCUUGCUUUCAUAAAAUAUUUGAAGUAAAAGACUGUAUUUUGUUUACUUUCUUGGGGUGAAUGACAUGCAGUUUCGCUUAAUUACCGGGCAAAAGUUAUGAAGGUGAUUCACUGGGCAGAGUUGGUCCCUUGUGUAAAGAGGAAGAAUCAAAAAUGUGUGAAAACAUGUUUUAAACCUUUAAAGCUUUUGUCCCUGUAGCAUCUUUGGAUGGAAAUUCAGAAAGGGAAUUAUUACAAAACUUGAAAUACUUGCUCCUUUUAUGUUUUUGCUCCCUUAUUGAUUUUUUUGUUUGUUUGCUGAAAAGCAUUUACCAUAAAUGUAAAUAAGUUUGUUUUAGAUAGGGACAGAAAGGUUUGGGGAAAUGAAUUUAUUUUAAAUAGCAAAUUAUGAAAUGGAGUUGAGUGUGCAAAUAGCGGAAGCUAUUAAGAACAUGAGGGAAAUGGCUUAGAUCUCCAUCAGGAAUCUCAGUUAUUCUAUUCAUUUGAACAUAGUUCAAAGGAAGUCCAUUACAGAAUGCCUGCUGCCUUUGUGACUGAAGAGUUGCAUUUAACGAACUCAAGCAGAAUAUGUAGUGCUCAGUGUUGUUAUUCACCAUUAUUACAUGGGAGAAAAUAACUGCUUGUUUUACAUUGCAGAUUAAUUACUUGGAUUAUGAAUUAACUGGUACAAAAAUGAGGCACUUCUAAAUAUAAUGAUAAGUUAUUCCUUGCAUAAGUUCUUGAGGUACCCAGUUGUGGGCAGGGCUUUAAUAACACUCCUUUGCAAAAGAAAAGUAGAAAAUUGAAGUUUAGCUGUGGAGCCCUCCAAAUAAAAGAAAGGUAAUCUGAAAUUUUACUUACACUUAUUUCAAAUAAAUGGUUAUUUAUAAGAGCCCAUGAGCAGAACUUAGAAAAACCUUAAGUGUAAAAACUUCACAGUAUUUUCUCUUUUCUUUCCUGCCUACUUCAUAAAAACCAUUAGUACUGUUGUGCUUAUCUGUGAACAGCAAAGAUGAUGAACAAUGUACUAAACAGUGUCAUCCUGUCUUGAAAAUAAAUCUGUUGUUGGCAAA